AUGCGAAAGAUGAAAUGGAACGACAUGGGAGUGAAGGUUGACGGUCGGCAGCUACACCAUUUGCGCUUCGCUGAUGACAUCGUACUGAUGACACCUAGCAUCAGCCAAGCGGAACGAAUGCUGACCGAAUUCGACGAAACAUGUGGAUGCAUCGGUCUUCAGAUGAAUCUACAAAAGACGAUGUUCAUGCGGAUCGGAUGCCCCAUUUACGCUUAA